AACGAUAGAAUAUGAAACAAACUGUAAUAUUUUUUUUAAGGGGCUAAAAUAACAGGAUUUGAAUAUGAAGUAGAUGACAAGUAAACAAUCUCAUGCUACAUUUCAAUUACAUUUAGCUAGCUAAAUUAAUUCCAGAAAAAAAAACAAAAGAAUGCAAAUAAAUGCACACAAAACAUAUUGGUAAAUACAAUGCUUUCAGUCUCUUUAUGAGAACAGCGCAUCGUGGACAAUGCGAAGAGUCACAGGCUGGCUACUUAUUCCCGGACUAAUACUGUGCAGUGCCUAUGGUGCCGGGCUUGCUUCUAUAUUCACGGUUCCCCGAUAUGAGCCGUCUAUUGACACGGCACAGGACAUCGUGGACAGAAAAUUUGAAUGGGGAGCUUCGCAUGACGCUUGGAUAUUCUCACUUAUUCUGUCUACAGAACCUCUAGAUAUACAGUUAGUAAGACUAUUUCGAAUAUAUUCGUUCGACGAAUUGAAGAGAAAAAGUUUUACCAGAAGCAUGGCGUUUAGUAUUGAAAAACUGCCCGCAGGCCAUUUUGGUAUGGGAGAGUAUAUUACUCAAGAAGCUAUACUUGGUAUGAUGCUAAUGCAAGAGGAUUUGUAUUACGGACAGUGUGUUAUAAUGUUAAGAAAGAGUUCUCCGUACACAGCUAAACUGAGCGAGUUGGUGGGACGUCUCCAUGAGACUGGUCUUCUAUUAGCGUGGGAAACACAGGUAAGACUUUGCUGAAUAUUUAUUUAUUUUAUUAUAUUAGGAAAACUUACAGCUAAUAACAAAGAUUGAACAAGCUUUUAGCAAAACUAAAGCCAAUUAAAAGUUUCCACUGAUAGUAGAGAGAAAAAAAAAAUAAAAAAAAUACAGACAGUAUGUCAAGCAAACCAAAAGCACGUAGCGACAUAUUAAAUGAUCAGUUUGGAUUAUGAGCAAAAAAGUGCUUGCACAGAGUUCUUUUAAGUUUACCUAACCCUGUAUUGAACAGAUCAAUAUCAAUUUUCCUGCAGGUUGCAUUAUACGACCGGCACGCUCUGAUGUGAUAAGAAUUUUGCCUGUAGGUGGUUCUAGAGGCCGGUGUAUAAAGUAAAUCAAGAUUGCGUAUAUCACGCUAAUUUACUAUUAUUCUGUAAUAUAACGUACGUACUUAUGUAUAGUAACGAAAAAA